CUUUCAUCAAUGUGUGGGAAUGUUUGUUGAAGCCCCUUCACUAAAGUUGUAGCGGAAAUAUGCGUCUGAAAAAAUUCUUGUUGCGUUAUUAUCCACCAGGCAUAAUUCUGGAGUAUGAACAAUCUGGCAUGAUGAAGUCAAAAUCUAUAGAUCUGUUGGAUUUAAAACCCACAUCUGAUGUUGAUUUGCUACUUGAUGACAUUAUUGCAAAGGAACCCCUUAUUACACCCUCAAAGAUGGAGCAAGUGAGAAAACUGAUUCUCAGGCUGAAAGAAAAACAAGAAGAAAGUGUGGAUCACCAUUUCUAUCUUUUCAAGGUUUUAAGAGCUCACAUCCUUCCACUGACCAAUGUGGCUUUCAACAAGUCUGGAACAAGUUUCAUAACAGGAAGCUAUGAUAGAACUUGUAAAGUGUGGGAUACAGCCUCAGGAGAAGAGCUGCAUGUACUGGAGGGACACAAAAAUGUUGUCUAUGCAAUUGCAUUCAACAAUCCCUAUGGGGACAAAAUAGCAACUGGAUCAUUUGACAAGACAUGUAAGCUAUGGAGUGCAGAAUCUGGGAAGUGCUUCCAUACCUACAAGGGACAUACUGCAGAAAUUGUGUGUGUGGCAUUUAAUCCACAAAGUACAGUUGUGGCCACUGGAAGUAUGGAUACAACAGCCAAGUUGUGGGAUGUACAAAAAGGAGCAGAGAUAUCCACAUUGUCUGGUCAUUCAGCAGAAAUUAUUUCCUGUUCAUUUAACACAACAGGAGAUCAACUGCUCACAGGCUCAUUUGAUCACACUGUGAGUGUUUGGGAUACAGCAACUGGAAGGCGGUUACAUACACUGAUUGGCCAUCGAGGAGAAAUUUCCAAUGCUCAGUUCAACUUUGAUAACUCUUUGAUAGUAACUGGAUCAAUGGACAAGACAUGCAAACUUUGGGACUCAAGGACAGGGCAAUGUAUAGGAACCUUAAGAGGCCACGAUGAUGAGGUGUUAGAUGUGUGCUUUGAUUUGACUGGUCAGUACAUAGCCACAGCUUCUGCAGAUGGAACUGGAAGAGUGUAUAAUGCCCUUACUCAUCAUUGUGUCUCAAAACUAGAGGGGCACGAAGGAGAAAUUUCGAAGAUAACUUUUAGUCCUCAAGGCACAAGGUGCUUAACAGCAAGUAGUGAUAAGACAGGAAGGCUUUGGGACCCAUUUUCAGGGAAAUGUAUACAGGUUCUUGAAGGGCAUAAUGACGAGAUCUUCAGCUGUGCUUUUAAUUAUGAAGGAAACAUAAUAGUAACAGGUAGCAAAGACAACACAUGCCGACUGUGGAGAUAACAAGGAGUGUACAUUAACAGAACCAUGUUACCAUAUUCUAUUUCAACGAGCAAUAAGACAAUGUACUAAUGUCCCAGCUUAUUCUUUUUCUCUUAAGUAAAUAUUGAUUAUCACCACCUUUCCCCGACAAUUUCAGUCGUUUACAGAAGUCUCCUGUCGCCUCGCAUUCUCAUCAAUGUCUGUUGCAGUUGCCCUUCCAACUAUUCAAAAAGACAUAAAUUACGGGCAUAUGAUUUAUGCAAAUGCUCCUGAUUGCGUUAAGACAAGGAGAAGUUGUUAUGUUGUGUAACUGAGUAAGAGAUUUUAUUCUUCAAUUAGAGUAAUUUGAUAAAUUAUUUUAUAAAGAAGAAUGUUGUUAAUUAACAUAGUGAUAACAAUGGUUGCGAAGUUUUAAGAUCAUAUUAUCGUAACUUUCUCUAAUAAUAACUCACUAAAAGUACAUUCGGUUAGAAAGAGAAUAUUGAUCGAGAAGUUUCUGUCUAAAAAAAACGAUAGAAAAAAAACUCCGUUCUAAAAAAAAUUUCCCAGUGCUUCACGGUAACAAGCCAAAAAUUCACGCCCCCUAAAGAAAGAGUAAAACAAUUUUAGUAAAAAAUUACUUGCUUUAUCAAUCUUCUCUUUGGCAAGAUUUUUUUGUCCGCUUACAGAUUUUUUCAAUUACUGAAACGAUGCCCAAAGGUACAACAAACCCUUCUUUCACGAUAAUAAAAAAAACAAAUAAAAAAUGUUCUUUAAAAAUUCGAGCCUCUGACCAACCAAAGUAUCAAGCUAUUUUAUAGGUAUAGGUUAAGAGAUGGGCUUUAUCACUUUAAAAGUGGGAGUGAAUUUGCCGCAGCGAAUUUUCUCUUUCUUUUUCUGUAUUGGGAAGGAAUAUUUCGAAAUCCUUGAGAUCAUUGGGUUUUAAUCAAAGUGUCGUGCUCUAUUUGCCAGCAGCUAGAACUUCAAGGCAGCUUUCUCCUUCCUAUCUAUACCGCUGAUGCCGAAGUUAUUAGAUGAAAAGACCAAAAAGUAUGAAGAGGGAGGUCAUGUUUCGAGUGUAUGCAGGUGUGAGGUGAAAAACAACUUUAUGGGUUUAAAAAUGUUGAAAUUAUACAAAUGGACAAAAAAAGUUAAAUAUGUCUUGUAAAUGCGGUGUGAUGGAAUAUUCAUUGGUUUAAAAAAUUCCCAUCGGCUUGAAGCUGGUUUUUAUACUUCUUGCUGCCUUGAAACCAAGCCUGUCAUUCUCGCGAAACUCGGGACCAUUGUGUUCAUUAUUGUUUGGAUUUUUCCCGAGAGAUUUAACGGACCUUCUCUAGGCAUGACGAGACGGUAACAAAUAAUGAAAGUGAUCCAUUUAGUAUAAUGCUUGAGUUUGUUAACGUCUACGAGGGCAUUUACAGGAGACAAUGCGCGAACAUGGUCAUUAAACUGAACUGCUGUUUAA